UCCAAGAAAAGAUCAGACUGGAGGUCAUUAUCAGGGACCUUACUUUAAUAGUGGUGGAUCUGCAGAAAAGAUGGAGAAAUAUGAGAAGAUCAGCAAGAUAGGAGAAGGAUCAUACGGGGUUGUCUUCAAGUGUCGCAACAGAGAGACUGGACAGGUUGUUGCAAUUAAAAAAUUUGUUGAGUCGGAGGAGGAUCCAUUAAUAAAGAAAAUUGCCAUGAGAGAAAUUAGAAUGCUCAAGCAACUAAAACAUCCAAAUUUAGUCAAUUUGAUAGAAGUUUUCCGGCGAAGGAAGCGGCUGCAUCUGGUUUUUGAGUAUGUAGAUCACACAGUUCUGAAUGAAUUGGAUAGAUACCCACGAGGGGUUCCAGAAAGAAUGGUUCAGAGGAUAAUCUACCAAACAUUGUUGGCAGUUAAUUUCUGUCAUCAACACAAUACAAUCCACAGAGAUGUAAAACCUGAAAAUAUUUUAAUAACAAGGCAAGGUCAAGUAAAAUUAUGUGACUUUGGAUUUGCAAGAGUUCUUACUGGCCCAGGUGGUGAAUAUACAGAUUACGUGGCAACUCGUUGGUAUCGAUCUCCUGAACUGCUGGUUGGAGAUACUCAGUAUGGACCUCCUGUGGAUGUUUGGGCAAUUGGCUGUGUAUUUGCUGAACUCUUGACAGGCCAGGCUAUAUGGCCCGGCAGGUCUGAUGUUGACCAGCUCUACCUCAUUCGUAAAACAUUAGGUGAUCUCAUAUCCAGACAUCUGGAGAUUUUCUCCAACAAUGCUUUCUUCAAAGGCAUGAGCAUACCUGAGCCAGACAGACUGGAACCAUUAGAAGAAAGAUACCCUGGCAUGGGUUCCCAGGCAUUAAACUUUCUACAGAACUGUUUGAAGAUGGAUCCUGGGGAAAGAAUGACAUGUGCAGAACUAAUUCAGCACCCAUACAUGGAUGUCAACAGAGAAUCAGGGCUGGAGUUUGCUAAAAACAAACAUGAUAAACCUGAUGCCACUGCCAGAAAAGCUCAAAACAAGUCUCAUGCUAGCAAUUACCCAGCGCCUUUUCAGCCCCUCCCUCAGCUAACAGGACUGCCUAUGGGACCAGCAGCAAACCCAAGCUCCCCCUUACCAAACCCCAAGUACCAGGCAGGAAACAAACCAAAACCACGGUUUGACCACCUGCCCAACAUCUGA